CCCUCCUGCCCCCUCUCUUCUUCCUCGUAACGUCAACGACUUACCAUGUCUCGCGCCUUCUGGAUCCCCGGCGUGACGCUCUUGCUUGCCGCCACCGUGCUCAACUUCCUCGUCGCGGUCGGCUUGCCCUUCCUGACCGCGCUCGACAUCGCGCGCGUGCACUUCUCCUCUGGUACCGCUACGGCAGCCAGCGGCCAGGAUGGACUCAGCCAGCUGAGGAUCGGAACAUGGGGCUACUGCGCCUAUGAAGCCGCGUCCGGUGAUAGGACCUGCACCUCUGCCAACAAUGCAUACGCCUUCACCGUCCACGGCACGAACAACGAGGAGACUGUCGGCCCAUCCUGGACGCGCGGCCUUGCCGUGCAUCCUGUCGCAGCGGGCGUCUCCUUUCUCGCCCUCGUCUUCUCGCUCAGCACGCACCUGACCGCCAUGCUCUUCGCGUCCCUGACCGCCUUCCUCGCGGCUCUGAUCACCCUCAUCGCCUUCGCAAUUGACAUCGCGCUCUUCGCGUUCACCCACCACCAGAUGGGCAAGGUGCAGGGCGUGAAAAAGAACGUCAACACCGCUCCUGGUUUUUGGUUGACUUUCGUCGCGUUCAUCUUGCUGUGCAUCUCGGGCUGCAUCGUCAUCUUCGGUCGUCGCCGCGACCGCAUGUAUGGCUCCACCACCUACCCGACCACCACCACCACAAAGCCCGGUUUCUUCUCCCGCUUCAGGCGCCGCUACUAGGCGCAUGUACUGCCUCGACGGACUUUUCUACUUCGUUUCCCGUGAC